ACGGUUCGAUGACUUUUCGUCAAUAGGCACUCUUAUACCGCCUACACGGUACAAUUAACGUCUGUCAAAAAUCCUCGUAAUAUUAUAAGCGCCAGGCGGCAUACAUUCUAGAUCGGCUCACGAAAUCUCCUCUUUGGUUUAUAUUUUUGAGUGAUAACUUCAAUUUUUUAAACAAAUAAACUGAUUUUCAAGACACGUCCUGAAGACGGAUCGCAAAUAGGAUUGAUAAAAUAAUCACUCUGAGGAAGGAAGAUCUAUUAUGGACGAUCACAAGAAGAAAGUAACUCUAGAGUUCAAUGACCUCUGCCUCACCAUCAACAAACGGGAUGUUCUUCGCCGAGUAUCCGGGUUCGCCGAACCCGGUCAGCUACUAGCUAUCAUGGGACCGAGUGGAGCGGGAAAGACGAGACUGCUGACUUGUCUGGCCGGACGACAAAGUGCUAGACGACUAGAAUCUGGAAAUGUUUUCCUGAAUGGCCAACCUAUAUGCAAACGGCUGAAAAGACAGAUCAGUUUCGUGUUACAAGAAGACCUGUUUCUCAGCGAACUCACAUUAAAAGACACUCUAAAGUUCACAGCGGAUCUCCGGCUGCCCAGUCGAAUGACAGACGAGGAAAAACGGGAUAAGAUUCGGAGUAUCGUCGAAACUCUAGAUCUACAAAAAUGCCUCGAGACAAAGAUGGGUGAUUCGUUGAGUCGUGGACUAUCAGGGGGAGAGAGGAAAAGAGCUAGCAUUGGAUGUGAACUUCUCACUGACCCUUCAAUACUGCUACUAGAUGAGCCCACAUCCGGACUGGACUCCCGGACGGCCUUUCAUCUGCUCGAGACCUUAAAAGACUACGCUGUUUCUUCUGGAAAGACCGUCAUCAUGUCAAUUCACCAGCCUUCUAGUCGGGUAUUCAAAUUAUUUGAUCGGUUACUCUUGCUAUCCGAGGGGCAGGUUGUUUACUUUGGAGCAGCUGACAAGGUGGUAGAUUACUUUGCCCGGUUAGGACUCCAGUGUCCACAGCAUUACAAUCCUGCCGACUAUAUAAUGGAUAUCGUUAAGGGGACUGAUGAGGAACGGGUUAAGAUACACAACGCAGCCAAAGGACAGUCAUGGAGCCAUCGCUGCUACAGAUCACGCUUAUCAAAUGGCAGCCGAGCCAUGUCAGUAACGGAGAAUGAAACAAGCAAAAUACGUGGAAGCAUCAACCAUGCUUCAUCUUUUGGGAGUCUUCAAGAUGAUAGCUUGGACAAUUCUGUCUUUAUUGACUGCGUUAUUAACGAGGUUGAUUGCAGAGUGGGAACACCACGUGAAAAUCACGUGAUCAUAAACAGUUUAAACACCAAUGUAAACUCGUCCACAAACAAUCGUUCCAUGACAUCGCUAAGUACCGAGCUGCAAACUAAACCACCGAUAAAUACAUCUCAUAAAGACAAUCAUGGGGAUAAAUUUUCCAGAGACAAUUACACCUUGAACAUGGAAUCGCAAGCAAACGCAGACAAAUGGCCGACGGGGUAUUUUCGUCAACUCUUGACAUUGACCCACAGGAACUUCAAGCAGAACCGAUAUCUGGUCAUAUCCGGGCUUGACUUCUUCAAGCAUUUAAUGAUUGGCUUUAUAGCAGGGGCACUGUGGUUCCAAAUAAGGUUUACAGAGGAUAAAAUUCGAGAUAUUUCCGGUGUGAUUUUCUUUAUAUCUGCCUACUGGGGAUUUGAAUCGAUUUAUAGCAGCUUAACGUCUUUUCAGAUUGAACGCGCGGUGUUAGCCAAAGAAAGAUCAGCUGGUGCGUACCGACUUUCCGCCUAUUUCAUGUCAAAGGUCAUCGGAGUACUUCCGCUGUUGUCCACGAUGACUGUUAUCUCAGUUACCAUAACGUUUUGGAUGGUCGGGCUUCAUGACUCUGUCCUAGUAUACCUACUUUUCGUCACAACAUUCCUUCUUUAUGUGCAAGCCGGACAGGCACUUGGGCGAUUUGUCAGCGCAGCAUGUUCAUCUAUCAGUCAGGCAAUAACAGCGUCUUCUCUGGUAAUGCUGACAAGCAUGCUACUAGGAGGUUUUUACGUCGUAAGACUACCAAGGUUUCUGUCCUGGUUACGAUACAUCAGCUACACAUCCUACAUGUAUGGUGCUCUUCUUGAGGCGGUCUUUGUCCUGGAUCCACCAACUAUCAGCUGUAACACGACAGCCACCUCAGAAUUCGGAGACUGUCUCUCAUUAAGCAAAGCAGACGAUAACAUCGCCAACAUGAGUGCAUUAUCGGACGCUAUCGUAUCGAAUUCGUCAUCGAUCGCAAGUACGCAAGGAACUUUGGAUGGGACGCAGAUUGUCGAUACAUUGCUCAAUCUCGGAUUUCCUAUAUGGGGCUACUACUUGGUACUGCUUGCAUACUUUGUUACAUUCAACUGUCUUGCGUAUCUCAUGCUUAGAUUUCGCAGAAUAUCCACGUGAGACUGAUUUUGUUGAUCGAAUCAUGGGGAUCGUUUUGUGAAAGUUGCAGCUAACGUGGCUUAGCAGCAGCGACGAUCAUGGCGUUUGUUGUGAGACUCCAUGCAACGGGCGCCAUCAGAGCUGUUAUACUCGUGGCUCGUUGAAAUCACGUAAUUUCUAUGACAUACCUUCGGAGCCUUUCACGAAAGGAGUCGUUGAUCUUUACUUAAAACUGAUAAGGUAUAACUCCUUGCAUUAGAUUGGCUGACACAAAAGUGUUCGGGAAAAGUCUUUCGUAAAUCUGAGAUAUUUUCAGAAGAACAAAAAAUAAGACCAAAAAACAAACAAACCACUACAUUUCUUGGAUUAAGUACUGCACUCGUAAUUUCCGUCUUUUAAGAAAUGCAUUUAAGGGUGUUAAAUCCUAUUGAAUGAUUGAAAUAAUGUGCCCUUAAUUGAUAGUCCCAUCGUGAUGACUGAGGUUACUUAAUUAAUUAUAAGGAUCAAAUAUAGUGAACAUAUUUGUCAUCAUGUCAUCAUUGCUAAGGUUGUAACCGAUGAAUUCGAACAAUUUUAAAAGCAAUAGCAAUUCGUUGUUCCAUUGUUUUAUAAUUGUUUGGCCGGUUUGAAAACUUAUCCAAUGGCCAAACUGUAAAUUGUGAGUUAAGUUUGUGUGAAUUUCAUUGUGAGCGCCUUGAGCACCCUUGAUACGGUGCAUGUUUUUGGCAUUAUAAAUGUCUUUAUUAUAUCAUUGAAAUGGUCGGUUGGGGUGAGUGGAGGGAUGCAGGAGAUAUUCACGGGGACAGUAGCUCUCCUUUUACCCCAAUUCUUAUUGGUAUUUACUCGUGCUGAAAAUGUAAUUAAGAAUCUGUUUUAAUCUGCUUUGAAUUUCAAUUGUGAAAAUACCCAAUUCUGGUAAUUGUGUAUGUUUAUGGUUUAAGCUUGAAAAACGUACUAUAUAUGCAAUUGUUUUUAAUCGGUUAAUACAUUUAGUGGGAGGAAUAUACACAGUCUAAUGUUGGUAUUUUAGGGCGAUUAAUACAUUGAAGACUACUUAAAGAAAGCAGAGAUUUGGAGAGAAAAAGAAAGUGAGAAAAUGGUUAUCGAUCAAAAAGUGACAGUAUAAAGGUUAAGAAAAGAAAUUAACGUUUUGUUCUUAUAGAAAGUAAACAAAAGGGACAUUUUUAAAUACUUGUAGCAUGUACAGUCCAUGAGGUUUUUCUUUAAAACCAAAUAAGCAAUAAUGAUCACGCUCCCGUGGAAUCAAAGUUACUUUUAUGGUUAUUUGUCAUCCAUCGAAAUCAAGGAUUAAUUGGCAGUUACCAUUGAAUGACAGAUUUAGCACGAUAAUAACUUUUACGCAACGGGGCUCUGUUUGAUCUUCACUAGAGUAUCUGGGAUAUUGUGAAGAAUCCUAUACAUUAUCCCUUAUCAAGAGGUAUUGAUACCAUCAAAUAUUUUGAAUGACACCAAAGAAUACAUAAAUAACAUGUUUAUGCUUAUAUUAUAUUAUUCGUUUCCCACUUCAAAGAGCAAUAUUGUUCAUCAUGUCUAUUGUAAUAUUACUGAAACUGACUACCGUUUAUGCCAUGAUCAUCAUUUUGUCACUUAUAUAGACAAAAUAAUACGUAUAUCAAUAUUAAUCAUUUCAUUUAUAUAUAUAAACAGUGCGAGUCAGAAAAAAUGUAACACUUUAAAUCAAGUAUUUUUAAGGAAAAUGUGGGAUUCAGAGAGAAUUUCUAGCAUGUAUGGAUAGAGUAAAUAUUCCUUUGUCACUUGGUAAAAUAUGUUUUAGUGUUGUUAUGGUUGAGUGCACAGCAGCCAUUGUUUGAAGUGUCAAAACCCAUUUGCGCCAAGUCAGGUGAUUACCUGCUGAAACAGAGACAAAAGCAUUCACACAAACAUUGAGCGUAAAGUUUAUGCGUAUGUUUAUUAAUCAAGAAAAAUAAAAGAGAGAACAAGUAAAUCAAUAAACUAUCUUUACUGAAAAAAGGUUCCUUUUCAUUGUCAUUUUGGCCACAACUUGGACAAAGCUUCCCGCCUUCAAUCUUCCACAUGUUGCUCUCUAAUGAUGCGCUGCUGCAAGUCAUUCAGAUCUGCAAGUGGGGUGCUGUACACUUUUGACUUCAGGUACCCGCAGACGAAGACAUAUCACUUUUUCAAACAAUGGCUGUUGUGCACUCAACCAUAACAACAACAGUGAAACAAAGUUUACCAAGUGACAAAGGAAUAUUUACUCUAUUCAUACAUGAUAGAAGUUCUCUCUGAAUCCCACAUUUUCUUUAAAAAAUACUUAAUUUUAAAAGUGUAAAGUUUUUUUGGGACUUGCACUGUAAUAUCCGAGCUGUCUGAUACCCUUUAUAAUAUGAACCCCUAUGAAGCCAAAUGCAAAUAAUGUUCUAUUUUAAAAAAAAUGUGCAUUAAUGUGUUUUCCAUUUGGAAAAUGUGUUGACCUAAUUGUGUAUAUUUCAUAUGUAUAUAUAAAAGUAUUUAAAAAAUCACAA